AUGUCUUCCGCAUUCCGAGAAUCGUCGCUGUCAGCCAGCCUCAACCGCCAGUCAUUGGCGGCGACUCCGUCGGUCGCAGAGACGCUGCCAAAUGCGAACUUUGGCUUCGAAGAGCUCCGCGAUCGUAUGACCAAAUUCACUUCGAAAUUCGACACGUUUAUCGAGCAAGGCAGAAAGCGCGUGCUGGAGGAGAGAAAUCAAUUCCGCAUGAACGUGGCAGAACUUCAAGAGGACCAACGCAUGAAGAAGAAGGAUAUUGAGAUUCUCCAACUCAAGACCAGCACACACCAACAGACGGUCGCCAAAGAAAAGGCAGAAACCCGCGAAAUGCAAGCAGCCAUCGCACAACUAUCAGAAGAACGCGACAAGCACAUUGCGACACGAGACGCCCUCAAGAAGCAGAUAGAGGAGACACAGCGAGAGAUUGACGCCAGGCUGGCGGCACAGCGGGCACACACGAAGCAGCUCGAAGCGCAGUCGCGGUUCAACGUACCCGAGCUCGAGUUCUGGCAGCAGAAUCUGGGACUGCGCAUUGAAGGCGCAGGGCAGGACGACCGGCUCAAGUUUGUCUAUACGUACGUCGACGACCAGGACUGGGAGAGAGAGGCGUGGUUCGAGCUUAAUACGUCGAGCCGGGACUACGACAUUCGGCACUGCCGACCCAAGCUGGAGCGCGAGCGGGUGGAGCGGGUGCUGGACCAGCUUAACGAGACGAGAGAGCUGGCGGUGCUGCUCAAGGGUAUGCGAGAGCUGUUCGUCGAGGCGAUGAAGAAUUAG